AUGUCAGCCAGACCUGUCGCUCUUCGCCUGCGAGCGCAAUGGCUGGCCACCCGCAAACCAUUAUCCUCCCGCUGUCUGCUAUUCACUCCUCGAAUCGCAAGACUAGCACCACAACAACACACAACCACUGCCCGCCUCACUCGACGGACUUUCUACUCCAGCUCGACCGACGACACUCGAGGCAGCGAGCCAAAGGUUCUGAGUAAUUCCAUCUUCGCACCUCUCGACACUUUCUCCCGUCGACACAUCGGACCCAAUGCCCAAACGGCAGAAGAGAUGCUGCAGGCACUCGACCCGCCCGCAAAGAGCCUAGAUGAGUUCGUGAAGACCGUCCUGCCUGCCGAGAUCCUGUCGAGCAAGGAUUUGCAGGUUGAAGGUCCAGUCCCCGAGUCUGGUUCGAUGCCUACAAGCGAGGGAGGAUACUCGGAGAGUCAGCUACUUGCACGGCUACGAGAAAUUGCGGGCGAGAACAAGGUCUACAAGAGCUACAUUGGAUGCGGGUAUGCCGGGACGAGGGUGCCGGAAGUGAUCAAGAGGAAUGUGCUGGAGAACCCGGCAUGGUAUACAAGCUAUACUCCAUACCAGCCUGAGAUCAGCCAGGGUCGGUUGGAAUCGUUGCUCAACUUUCAGACCAUGGUCACGGAUCUGACUGGCAUGACUAUCGCCAAUGCAUCGGUACUGGACGAGCCUACGGCCGCUGCAGAGGCCAUGACUUUGUCACUCAACGCUUUACCAGCUUCACGCCAGAAGCGUGCUAACAAGACAUAUGUCGUCUCACACCUAUGCCAUCCGCAGACAAUCGCAGUGCUUGAGAGCAGAGCAUCAGGCUUCGGCAUCACGAUCAAGGUUGCGGACGUCCUGGAGGAUGGCAGCAAGGUUGUGAAUGACGUGGGCGAGGAUCUGAUAGGUGUGCUAGCACAAUACCCUGAUACUCUAGGCGGUGUUGAAGACUUUCGCAACUUGGCCGAUAAGGUCCACGAGCUCAAGGGUACCUUCUCUGUCGGGACCGACCUCCUGGCUCUGACGCUACUCACACCUCCUGGCGAAUUUGGCGCAGAUGUAGCAUUCGGCAAUGCGCAGAGAUUUGGUGUACCGUUUGGCUUCGGUGGACCACAUGCCGCCUUCUUCGCUGUAGGCGACAAGCACAAGCGCAAAAUUCCAGGUCGUCUGGUCGGUCUUUCGAAAGAUCGUCUAGGUAGCCCGGCUGCUCGCCUGGCCUUGCAGACCCGAGAGCAGCAUAUCAGACGAGAGAAGGCGACAAGCAAUAUCUGUACUGCGCAAGCAUUGCUCGCCAAUAUGAAUGCCAUGUAUGCUGUCUAUCAUGGUCCAGGUGGCUUGAAGCGCAUCGCAGAGAAGGUCGCCAAGAUGGCUCAAGUGUUGGCGAGAGCUUUGGAAGAUGCAGGACUGGAAGUUCAGAAACCUGGCUUCGAUACCGUCAUUGUGAAAAAGCAUGAACCCGGUCUCUUCGCGCAGAAAGUCGCUCAACUUUCACUCAUCAACUUCCGAGUGGUCGAUGACGAGCACAUUGGCAUCACGCUCGACGAGACAGUGGGCAGGAAGCAGAUGGAGGAGAUCCUGCGCGCUUUCACCACCGAUACUGUUGAUGUGGAGCACAUUGCUGCGCAACUCGAUGCAUCAGUCGCAGUGCCCGAGUCACUGAGACGAACGUCUGCGUUCCUUACCCAUCCAGUGUUCAACUCACAUCACUCCGAGACCGAGAUCCUGCGAUACAUGCAUCAUUUACAAUCCAAGGAUCUUUCACUCGUGCACUCCAUGAUUCCACUCGGUUCAUGCACGAUGAAGCUCAACGCCACGACGGAGAUGGUCCCUAUCUCAUGGCCAGAAUUUGCCAACAUCCACCCUUUCGCACCGUCCGAUCAGACGAUGGGCUACGCGCAACUGAUUAAAGAGCUCGAAGAAGAUCUGUCGGAAAUCACCGGCUUCCACUCCGUCUCACUCCAGCCCAACUCCGGCGCUCAAGGCGAGUUCACAGGUCUGCGAGUCAUUCGCAAAUAUCUGGAAGAGCAGCCUGGCAAGAAACGCGACAUCUGUCUCAUCCCAGUCUCUGCUCACGGCACGAAUCCAGCUAGUGCGGCAAUGGCUGGUAUGCGUGUGGUCACCAUCAAAUGUGAAAGCAAGACCGGCAAUCUCGACAUGGAAGACCUGAAAGCAAAAUGCGAGAAGUACAGCGAAGAGCUCGGCGCCAUCAUGAUCACUUAUCCUAGCACUUUCGGUGUCUUCGAGCCGCAGGUCAAGGAAGCUUGUGAGCUGGUGCACAAGCAUGGUGGACAAGUUUACAUGGAUGGCGCGAACAUGAAUGCCCAGAUUGGGUUAUGCACGCCUGGCGAAAUUGGAGCGGAUGUGUGCCAUCUCAACCUGCACAAAACUUUCUGCAUUCCUCAUGGCGGCGGCGGGCCGGGUGUAGGUCCUAUCGGUGUAGCUGAGCAUUUGUCGCCUUUUCUACCCGGCCAUCCAUUAGUCGAAGGAGUGGGCGGCAGCAAAGGCAUUGCGCCCGUCUCUGGCGCACCUUGGGGUUCCGCCAGCAUUCUACCCAUCAGCUGGGCAUAUAUCAAAAUGAUGGGAGCUCGCGGACUCACCCACGCCACCAAGAUCACUCUUCUAAACGCCAACUACAUCCUCUCCCGCCUGAAGCCUCACUACCCCAUUCUCUAUACCAACGAACAAGGCCGGUGUGCACAUGAGUUCAUCCUCGAUGUGCGCAAGUUCAAAGAGACGAGCGGAAUAGAGGCUAUAGACGUUGCAAAACGCCUCCAGGACUACGGUUUCCACGCUCCUACUAUGAGCUGGCCGGUCGCCAACACCCUCAUGAUCGAGCCCACUGAAUCUGAGAGUAAAGCUGAGCUGGACCGUUUCUGCGACGCGCUGAUCUCCAUCCGUCAGGAGAUCAAGGAGAUUGAGGACGGGACGCAACCCAAAGACGGAAACGUCAUGAAGUUGGCGCCGCACUCGAUGAAGGAUCUGAUUUGUGGAGAAUGGGACCGUCCUUAUGGCAGGGAGAAAGCGGCAUAUCCUCUGCCGUGGCUGAAGGAGAAGAAGUUCUGGCCUAGUGUGGCGAGGUUGGAUGAUGCAUAUGGAGAUAUGAAUCUUUUCUGCAGUUGUGCACCUGUGGACAGCAUCGAGGGGAUUACAGGCAAGGAGGCCCCGAUGCCUACUUAG